GAGUAGCCAUUGAAAAUGUGGAGGUCCUGGCUGACGGUCCACUAAUUAGAUUUAGCUUCAAAAUGAGCGUUCUAACUCGCUUAAAGUUUAACAAAGUUUCAGUUUAUGUGUGGAAAGUUUGUGUUACUCUCGCAGUGGCUCCGAUGUGUGUUCGGAAUGGAAAACUGUGCUGGAAUGAUUUUGUGGGUGAUUCUGAGUAGAACAGGUUCGUUUGUGGCUACUUUCGUCUACCUAUACUGUGAUUUUAAUAAGUGCAAGUUGCAGCAAAGCAGCACGGUAUCGCCUAGGAAAGUAUAUACCUAGUGGUAGAGGCAAUAGAGUGGGAAGCGCCAGCACCGUACGACCCGGUAUGGCUGGCCAGCGUGCAGCAGUAUCCUCCAGCUCCUAUGAACGAAACCAGGUUCUGGUGGGUCACCGAGGAAGACGUCGAGUUUUGGCUGUAUACUAGGCAUAAUAUUGAAAAUCCGCAAAUUUUAAGAAUCAAUGACACCCAGGCACUACAUAACUCGUACUUCCAUUUUAAUAAAAAGACUAAAUUACUUUGCCAUGGUUGGUCGAAUAAUGGAACCAGCCCUAUGCCACACUCUCUAAAAGAAGCUUACCUUAAUGUGACCGACCUGAAUGUCAUAGUGGUGGAAUGGGGGAAGGCCGCUAUGGUCAACUACAUACUGGCUAGCUACAACGUAGCCAUGGUGGGCAGGGUUGUCACAGAGUUCAUCAACUUUUUAAUUGGCGAAGGGGUAUCAGCAGAUGAUAUGCACCUCAUAGGACAUAGCCUUGGUGCUCACGUCGUGGGAAUAGCCGGGGCUUAUGUGAAGAACGGUCCGAUCGACACGAUCACAGGACUAGACCCCGCUCUGCCCCUGUUCAGCUACGGCAACAAGAAUUCCAGACUGGACAAACACGAUGCCCGCUUCGUGGAAGUGAUCCACACUUGCGGCGGGUACCUGGGCUUCGCAUCGCCCUUGGGGCAUAUAGAUUUCUACCCCAAUGGCGGCACUAGGCAGCCUGGGUGUGGAUACGAUAUUAGAGGGCUGUGCGCUCACAACCGGGCGCAUAUGUACAUCGCGGAGUCCAUAACUUCGGAAGUCCCGUUUGUGGCCGUCCGCUGCCAGAGCUACGACGAGAUCUACUACCAGGGCUCCUGCCAAGGCACAGGCGAGACCCUGAUCAUGGGCGGACUGCUCAUACACUAUGGGAAAGAAGGAAUUUACUACCUUAGGACGAACCCUGAGAGGCCCUUCGCAAUGAGGGAUCCGGCGUAAGAAUUAUUCAUUCGUCGAGCCAACUUCCCAGUACAUUAAAUUUUCAUACUUGUUAUGAGCCCUCACUUACUGACUAAUAAAAUAGAGUGCUAAAAAUGGCACUUUUUUUUUUAAUGUAUAAAUAUUGUUACGCAGAAACUGAGUAUUCUGUGUAUUGUAAUAAAUAGUUUAAGACAUCCUGAAAUAAUUUAUUAUAGAACAAUUUUGUAAUGUAGUUACUAUAUAUGUGCGUUUAAUACUGUUGGUGAAUUGAGUUUUAUUCAUUUU